UGAAUCAGUAAGCUUCGUGUCUCCACAUACUCACAUACAAAUGCCGUGUCUUCACAAGUAGGCCAGAAUGUGGAAACUCUUUCCUCAGGAUGCUAUGAAUGACAGCCUUCUGUUGGCAAAAACAAGCUGCUUGACGAGGCUGGCCCAGUGCCCAAACAUGUUGCAUUCAUAAUGGAUGGAAACCGUCGCUAUGCCAAGAAGUGCCAAGUGGAGCGGCAGGAGGGCCACUCGCAGGGUUUCAACAAGCUUGCCGAGACGCUUCGCUGGUGCUUGAACCUGGGCAUCCUAGAAGUGACUGUCUACGCGUUCAGCAUUGAGAACUUCAAACGUUCUAAGAGUGAGGUUGACGGGCUGCUGGAUCUAGCCCGACAGAAAUUCAGCUGCUUGAUGGAAGAACAGGAGAAGCUCCAGAAGCAUGGGGUGUGUAUCCGGGUCUUGGGGGAUCUGCAUCUGUUGCCCGUGGACCUCCAACAGAAGAUUGCACAUGCUGUCCAGGCUACUAAGAACUACAACAAGUGUUUUCUCAAUGUCUGCUUUGCCUACACGUCCCGUCAUGAGAUCACCAACGCUGUGAGAGAGAUGGCCUGGGGAGUGGAGCAAGGGCUGCUGGAACCCAGUGAUGUGUCUGAGACCCUGCUCGAGAAGUGCCUCUAUAGCAACCACUCUCCUCAUCCCGACAUCCUGAUCCGGACCUCUGGAGAAGUGCGGCUGAGCGACUUCUUGCUCUGGCAGACCUCCCACUCCUGCCUAGUGUUCCAGCCUGUCCUGUGGCCAGAGUACACGUUCUGGAACCUCUGUGAGGCAAUUCUGCAGUUCCAGAUGAACCAUAGUGCACUUCAGAAGGCCCGAGACAUGUAUGCUGAGGAGCGGAAAAGGCACCAGUUGGAGAGGGACCAGGCUUCAGUGACAGAGCAGCUGCUUCGAGAAGGGCUCCAGGCCAGUGGGGAUGCCCAACUCCGACGGACACUCUUGCACAAACUCUCCACCAGACGGGAAGAGCGAGUCCAAGGCUUCCUGCAAGCCUUGGAACUUAAGCGGGCUGACUGCCUGGCACUUUUGGGCACUGCAUCUGACUGAGGCUGGCCAGCGGUCACUUGGCCCUGCCCUCUGCCUCUGGGACCCCAACUCCCUUUUCUUUAUGAAAGGCACCUCCCCUUUUUUUUGAUGACUUGUACUCUCUCUGCUUUGCAGGGAACCCCAAAGGCAAGUUUUGCUUCCUAUAGCCACCUUUGGGCUACCCAAGACAGUGACCCCCCGGAGUUUUUUGGGAGAGUCUCCCAUGUGUACAGAGUCCGGUCCAGUCACUAAUACAGUUUGAGAGCAGGGACCCUAGCUCAUCAGUUA